UUUUAUUUUCCUCAAGCUAGUGUAUUAUUAGCUUAGCUGAGCUUCCCCCUCUUUGCUUCUCUCCAUUCUUUUUGGCCAUCUCCUUGCCGGUUAAUUUCCUUAUAAAUAAAAACCUAUUUCCAAACUCCAUUUUUUUUUACAUCAUUUGAGAAACAGGAAAAGCCAAGUGAAGGAGGAAAGAUGUUGGGAAUCGUAAGGCAAAAGGUUUUGGGGCAGUCACUGCAGAAGGUUCGACCGGGAGUGUCGCUAUUGAGAAGUUACUCAUCUGCAGCAAAACAGAUGACAGUGAGAGAAGCUUUAAACUCUGCUCUUGAUGAGGAGAUGUCGGCUGAUCCGAAAGUCUUUUUGAUGGGUGAAGAGGUUGGAGAAUAUCAAGGUGCUUACAAGAUAUCCAAGGGGCUUUUGGAGAAGUAUGGACCUGAGAGGGUUCUUGAUACUCCAAUUACUGAGGCUGGUUUUACUGGGAUUGGGGUCGGCGCUGCUUACUAUGGUCUGAAGCCUGUGGUGGAGUUUAUGACAUUUAACUUCUCCAUGCAGGCAAUUGAUCACAUUAUUAACUCUGCUGCGAAGUCCAACUACAUGUCUGCUGGCCAGAUAUCUGUACCCAUUGUUUUUAGAGGACCUAAUGGUGCUGCUGCUGGUGUUGGCGCCCAACACUCUCAGUGUUACGCAGCAUGGUAUGCUUCUUGUCCUGGAUUGAAAGUGCUGACACCAUACAAUUCUGAAGAUGCUCGUGGACUGCUCAAGGCUGCUAUUAGAGAUCCUGACCCAGUUAUUUUCCUUGAAAAUGAGUUGUUAUAUGGUGAGUCAUUCCCUGUUUCUGAUGAAGUUCUUGAUUCCAGUUUUUGCCUUCCAAUUGGGAAAGCUAAGAUAGAGAGAGAAGGAAAGGAUGUGACUAUUACAGCUUUUUCAAAAAUGGUGGGCCAUGCACUUAAGGCAGCUGAGAUACUUGAAAAGGAUGGAAUUGAUGCUGAGGUUAUCAAUCUGCGUUCUAUCAGGCCGCUAGAUAGAUCCACAAUCAACACCUCAGUCAGGAAAACCAACAGAUUAAUAACAGUUGAAGAAGGGUUUCCUCAACAUGGUGUUGGUGCUGAAAUUUGUGCAUCUGUAGUUGAGGAGAGUUUUGGUUAUCUUGAUGCACCUGUUGAGAGAGUUGCUGGAGCUGAUGUUCCUAUGCCAUAUGCAGCAAAUCUUGAGAGAAUGGCUGUGCCACAGGUUGAAGACAUUGUCCGUGCUGCCAAGAGAGCAUGCUACAGGUCUGUACCAUUGGCUGCUGCUGCAUAAUUGAACCGAUCCAGGAAUUAGAGGGAUAUGAUAUUUUUUGCCUUCUCAACACUUCUGGGGAGGAGCUGCUUCAUUUAAUAACUGGGAGAUCGUUAGAAAUGGCGGGAAAUUUUGUGACAUUAUUUGUCAUGUGAACAUAACCUGUUCAAUCCUUGGAAGUCGAUUUUAUGUUUUUCCUCUUUAUCUGGUGCACGCCCUCUGGAAAGGGCUCUGCUACUGUUUCUGACCAUGUGUUUCAAUCUUAUUUUUGUUCAGUUUGAUAAUUUUUGAAAGCAUUGAUUUGAUUUGGUAUUACAAGAUUACCAAA